UUUUGUGGCGUUUGUCACAGAAGGGAAAGUUCAGGGCAGAGGCUCCAUGGCUAAAAAUUUCCAUCCCCUAUCCUCCAACUGCUCUGUAAUUUUUACAACUUUCUCUACUAGGGCAAAGCUUUCUAGGUAAUCUAUUAGAAUAACUGUAAAGGGAUUUAAAGUUUCUGUUUUCUCUAAUAGGAAUCAAAUAUGAUCCAGUUUGAAGCUUUGAGAAUGAAGUUAAUUUUUAACAAAUUGUGACAGUUUGUGUUUAAAGUGCUUAAGAUAGUAACAAUUCUAGCAAACUUUGUUGUGAUUAUGGUAAUUUGAAUACUGUUAGAUUUUUAUAAGUUAGCUAAUUAACUUUUAACUUCAUUGCAAUUUUUAUAUCGAUGCACUGAGUCAAUCUGUAAGUUACAAUGACAGUAAUUAUGGCUUGUGAAUAUAUGAAAUGUUUGUCAACAUUUAAGCACAGGGGCUUGAUUGGCAGUAAUUUUGUCCAGAAAGAUCAUUUCUCAUAUCAAGUUAAUAAAAGCAGUUUUUAAAAAUCAUUUUAAGUUUUUGAAUAAAAGAAAGUUCAAGAGUAGUUGAACUGUUUUCAAAUUAGAAAAUAGGUAACUUAAUGAAUAUGAAAUGAAUAUGGUGUUAGUAAUUGCAGUGAAAAAGUCAUGAUGUUAGAUAGAAAUUAAAAAUGAUGAUUUUAUAAAAUUAAGCCAGAUAAAUAAAGGAAUAUAUAUGAGAAUGAAAUGCAUUUGUAGUUGAACUUUUUAUGUACUUCUGAAUGUGUUUCAUAGAACUAAUUUGGCUAUAUUAUUUAUGCAGCAAGUAUGUAUUAUUAGUUGGCAUAUACUUUUAAUCGACACAGGAUUAAUAUUUCCAUAGUCUGCAAGUAUUUUCUGUGACACUAUGAAAGUGUAUUUUAUGACUUGGCUCUAGGGAAAAAUGCUUUGAAUUUCUAGUGUAGAUAAUUGUAACUCAAAGGAAUUUUGUGCAUUGAUAUGCAGGAAUGAUAGAUAGAUCAUUUACCUCAUUCGCUAGUUUAAUUCUUAUCAUCUCCUACCUUCUAGAAGAGCACUGAAGGAUCUCAGAAUUAAAAUUAAAUUAUUUUUAAGAAAGUUCCAGGGAGCUCAAAGCAUGAUACACAUAAGUCAUUAAUUCUGCAGCCACUUCAGUGAGAAUGAUGAUCGCAAAAUCAAAAUAAAACAAGAAAAAGGUGAAUAUGAAGCACAGCAAACUUCCAUGAUAACAUGCUUUUGCGAAGUUCAGGAAAAUUAAAUGUGGGCACCAAGAAAGAGGAUGGGGAGAGCACAGCCCCCACCCCUCGUCCAAAAGUCUUGCGUUGUAAAUGCCACCACCAUUGUCCAGAAGACUCGGUCAACAAUAUCUGCAGCACAGACGGAUAUUGUUUCACAAUGAUAGAGGAAGACGACUCUGGGAUGCCUGUGGUCACUUCUGGGUGCCUAGGACUAGAAGGUUCAGAUUUUCAGUGUCGGGACACUCCUAUUCCUCAUCAAAGAAGAUCAAUUGAAUGCUGCACAGAAAGGAAUGAAUGUAAUAAAGACCUCCACCCUACUUUGCCUCCACUGAAAAACAGAGAUUUUGUUGAUGGAUCUAUACACCACAAGGCCUUACUUAUAUCUGUGACUGUCUGUAGUUUGCUAUUGGUCCUUAUCAUUUUAUUUUGUUACUUCAGGUAUAAAAGACAAGAAACCAGACCUCGGUACAGCAUUGGGCUGGAACAGGAUGGAACUUACAUUCCUCCUGGAGAAUCCCUGAGAGACUUAAUUGAGCAGUCUCAAAGCUCAGGAAGUGGAUCAGGCCUCCCUCUGCUGGUCCAAAGGACUAUAGCUAAGCAGAUUCAGAUGGUGAAACAGAUUGGAAAAGGUCGCUAUGGGGAAGUUUGGAUGGGAAAGUGGCGUGGCGAAAAGGUAGCUGUGAAAGUGUUCUUCACCACAGAGGAAGCCAGCUGGUUCAGAGAGACAGAAAUCUAUCAGACAGUGUUGAUGAGGCAUGAAAACAUUUUGGGGUUCAUUGCUGCAGAUAUCAAAGGGACUGGGUCCUGGACCCAGCUAUACCUCAUCACAGACUAUCAUGAAAACGGUUCCCUUUAUGAUUACCUAAAGUCCACCACCCUAGACACUAAAUCCAUGUUGAAGUUAGCCUACUCUUCUGUCAGUGGCUUAUGUCAUUUACACACAGAAAUCUUCAGUACUCAAGGCAAACCAGCGAUUGCACACCGAGAUCUGAAAAGUAAGAACAUCCUGGUGAAGAAAAAUGGAACUUGCUGCAUAGCUGACCUGGGCCUGGCUGUUAAAUUUAUUAGUGAUACAAAUGAAGUUGACAUACCACCCAACACUCGUGUUGGCACCAAGCGCUACAUGCCUCCAGAGGUGUUGGAUGAGAGCUUGAAUAGAAACCACUUUCAGUCUUACAUCAUGGCUGAUAUGUACAGUUUUGGACUCAUCCUUUGGGAGGUUGCUCGGAGAUGUGUUUCAGGAGGUAUAGUGGAAGAAUACCAGCUUCCCUAUCAUGACCUGGUGCCCACUGACCCCUCUUACGAGGACAUGAGAGAGAUUGUGUGCAUCAAGAAGUCACGACCCUCAUUCCCCAAUCGCUGGAGCAGUGAUGAGUGUCUAAGGCAGAUGGGGAAACUCAUGACAGAGUGCUGGGCUCACAAUCCUGCAUCAAGGCUGACAGCCCUGCGUGUUAAGAAGACACUUGCCAAAAUGUCAGAGUCUCAGGACAUUAAACUCUGAUAUGAGGGUAAAGGAAGCAUCUCCGCCGAAGGCCAAUAGAUACUCGUCUGCUGUGGGCAGAGCAAAAGGUGUUAAAGAAGCAUCUGCAGUCCAAGCCUCGAAUGUUGUCCUGCUUCUUGGUGGGUUCAGACCUUACCUCCCAGGGAGCAGCCUGGACAUAGACUAGAGAAGUUCCCAGAACCCCAGAUUCCUCUGUGUCUGUUUGUAGGAGGGAGAAACCGCUUGGGUAACUUAUUCAAGAUACGAUGCAUGUUGCUUUCUAAGAAAGCCCUGUAUGUUGGGAUUGCCAUUUUUUUAAAAAGAUGCUUUAAUUUUGCCAAAAUAAAACAAAUAUUGUAUAUGUUUUAAGGUUUAUACUAUUAUAGUUUAAUGAUAACAGAAGUUCUUCCCAGAAACUGUGUUGGAAGGUAAAUUAAAAUAUAUGUUUUUCCAUUGGUAGAAUGUGUUGCACUCUAACAAAAGACAGUCUGUGAAAUUGGAGAACAUAGAAUGGAACUCAUCUUAAGAUGACCCCCAACCUGGCCACCUCCUACCACUUUGGCCAGCCCUGAAUUUGGGGCUGCCACAACAAUGUGAAUGCAUGUGGGCACAAGUUCUACCUUUCUGGGAACACGUUUUGGAAUUCCUGCAGGUGGCCUUUUGCAGCUUCAGACAACAUGGAACAAAUGAAGGUUUUAUGUGUCUGUAAUAGAAGUGUUGAUGGGUGUUCUUCAGAACCACUUCUGUCUCUGAUUGUGUUCAGCUGUUCUUUCAUGGUGAAAUCCCUUCCUUUUCAUUAAACACAAGCAAAGCUUUUUCUCAUGUGCAGAGAAUUGACCUGUGCAUGCUUUUGAUCUCUCAAAUAGAAAGAUCAAUAUUAAAUAAAAUGGCCAUGAGUUGUGUUAAAGACAAGGUACUCUAAAAUAAUUUGCUAUUGUGUUGUAAGAACAUGUCAGUAAGGUAGGGAGGACGCUGAGGGUGCAGAUGACUUGUUUCUCAUAUGUGCAAAGGAGCCUAUCUCAGAAGCAUAAGGAAAGAAGUAUGCACACCUUAUUUUGUAUGGUUAAGGAUGGUUUAUUUUUGUUCUUUUUUCUUAUCUGAAUUAAGAGAUAGAGGGGAAGCAUCUGUCUGGUUAAUUUCAUUAAACUUUAAUUUAAAAAUAGAUAAAUAUAACCUUCAGAUAGAAUAGCAGAAGAGAGUUAGUGGAGACCACAAGAUAUUAUGGCUGCUGUGAUUUAUUAUGCUAGAAUAAAUAUGGAUCUAACAUGGGCAUCUUCAAUGAUCAUUUCACAUCUUAAGAUCACUGGCUCACUUUAUUCUUGUGAUGUUCAAUUCACUAUUUAAUUUAUUAUUGUUUUUCUGCUCUGUAAUACUUGCAUAAAAUAUUUCUCCAUUUACACCAUUCUACGGGAUUUUAACUUUUGAGCAAUAGGAAUAAAAUCAUCGACAGUGCCAAUAUUCUCUAGCAACAAGAAUCUAAUAGUUUUAAAUUGUGCACACUGUUCUCAAUUUUUUUUUUUCAUUUCAUUUCCUUACUGUGGUUUUCCUUUGCUUCUUUAGUAGUUAGUUAAAAAAAGAAAAAUUGUCAGCACUUCCCCCUUGGUGUUUAAAAAAGACAUUCCUUCCAGAAUACUCCAGGGGGCAGUGUUUUCUAAUGCAUUUUCAGCGGGUGACUGAAGGAUGGAAAACUUUUGAAAAAUUGACAGCUGCAUGAAAAAUGAGAAAAUAUUUUUCUCACUUCUGAAGUAGACCUGCAGCUGGUGUCUUGUUCAUCCAGAGAACACUCUGAAGCAAUGAGUGCAUGGGAGACUGCUUUCGGUUUAGGAAAGCACUCUCCAUUCUGCAUUCUUUUCCCUGGGUUUCUUCAUAGCAACGUUUUGUUUUUCACUCAGAACAAUUUCUGAAUCCUUGAGUUUGAAAAAAAACCUUAGGAGUAAAAACAAUUGGUACCAAAUAUAAUUGUAGUCAGAAGGCUGCUUACUGAUAUUAAAGUAACCUCAAUAGCAAUGUAAAGGUUCGUGUCUGUUGUGUCAAAUUAUAUUUUUUGUGAUAGUUUAGAAGGAAUACAAGGUUAGAACUAAGUGUGAUGAUCACCUGAGCCUUGGAGAGAAACUUUGGUGCCUCUAAUCAGAUCAUCUACAAACAAGUAAGUAAGCAUUUUUGCCAGUUAAGCAGAGCAUAGUGUUUUUUUCUUGGAUUUCCCUAAAUGUAAGUGAGGUUGGGUUCACCUCUUAGAUAAAACUGCGUUGUCUUUUUCUUGAACAUCAAUAACUUCAAAUGAGAAAAUUUUGUGGAGAGGUUAUGAUUUAAAAGUAAACUAGAUUUCUAGGGUUCCAGUGGAUAGAAGGAAAUUCAAAUAGUGUCCAAAUUUCUUCUUUGUUGUUCAUUUGGUUGUUUUGGGGAAAACUGAUAGCUUACUUUAUAAUCCCCAACCUGAUUUAUUUACUAUGAAAAUUUGAAAAUGAUUCCUGAAAUAUUUUAAAAUACCCACAUAGCUAUGAUAGUAUUUCAGUGAAACAAGAAUUUAUUUAUGAAUAGAUUUUUUUUCCUCUGUAUCUUACCAAAAUAUACUUUUCUUAGGUAAUACUAAGUUGUUCUUGAAGACUACCUACUCAGCUCCCAAUAAUCCUUUAUAGUUUUAAAAUUUCUAGCAGCUAAGUGAAUUUUAUUUUUAUUAUUAUUAUUUUGUUUUGUCUUUCAAUUGAACGAGUGAGAACCUGACAGUCAUGUAGUUGAUUGCUUAUUUUCUUCUAACCCCUCUGUCCCAAAGGAAUCCUAAAUUAUUAGUUGUUAGAUAAGCUUUGUAUGCUAAGACGUUCAGGUUUAUAGCUUAUGUAUGUGUGUACAUAUUAUUAUAAAUAUAGAUGUAUAUAUAAAUAUUAUGUUCAGCCUGGAGUCUGGCACAACUCCAUUAUGUGGAUUAGAGAGUAAAAUAUUAUGGAUGAUAAAGUACUAAAUGAAACAUAAUAUUUAUUUAUGAAAGCAUAUAGAUUGUUAACUCACCAGUGAAGUGCUCUGAGCAUCAUGUAUGAGGAGAUCGGCCUUUGACUUGGAAACGCUGCUCAAAAGUCACUCAUGACAAUUCUUUUUAUUCCCCAAAAGAAAUCUUCUUAGAAAACAUGCUGGGGUUUUAUUUAAAGGGAAUUUUUGGAUUCUGCAUUUCAAUUGGUGUGUAGUCAAGUAUAGCAUGUACUUAAUUAAUGGCCGAAUUGCGUGCUCCUAGUGUCAUGCAUUUUCUUUUGGAGUUUCAUGUGGGGCCCAUCCUGGCUCCUUGGAAGGCAGAGAGAGGAAAGUCUUCCACACUUGAGUUUGUUCAGUCCUAAUAUCUCCUCAGGAAACUGUCCCAUAGCAGUGGGAAUGAAAGGAGUAGCAUCAAAAGCGAUUUAGUUUAGCAAUUAUUCCUCUCACAAAACAAACACAACAAUGCCAUGUUUGGGGGAGAAAAGUUGGGAAUAUAUAGGGGUUUUGUUGUCUGUCUGUUUCAGAAGACUCAUUUAUGUUCUUCGGGGGGAACCAGUGCCUUACGAAUUUGUAUAUACUGUAAUUAUUCAGGACUAGGGAACAAACAGUUGUAUUGUAUUUGUUACAAAUUGUAUAUGGCUUUGUUUUAACAUUCCCUUAAAUAAAAUGGUUUCAUUCUCCCCUUAGAGAAA